ACCCGAAAAAUGUAUUUUUUUUGUUUUCAAGUUAGUUUUGCCAGUUCAAACAGUUAUUUAAUGUUGAGAACAAGUAUUCUGCAACUUCUGAAGACUACAUUUUAUGCUUGGUAAUCACAUGUUGGCAGUACAAUUGCGCUAGUGAUCUCAAUAAUCUUGAACGUUCUCUGAUCAAGUACCAAAGAAAUCAACUCUUAUCGAUGAAAUAUUAAAGGUUACCAAUAAUAACUGAACUUGUGUUUUACGAAACUAAAUCAGAAUGUAGUUGACGUCACCGUUCGUGCAAGUAUCAAACAAUCAUGACGCGUUGUCGUUGAUCGGCCAAUGACUACUUUCAACGUUUCUUCUACUAUUUUCAAUCAGAUUUGUAUCAGUGGUUUUAACGCUUUGCGCGUCUUCGAAAGACGUGAUAAAUGAUUUGGACAGUAUCUCUUACCGACUGCUGCUGACUGACUGCCCACAACGUUGGAGUGUCAAAAUUAUAAAAGUGUAUGGACAAGACCAUUUUUUAAUCAGCCGGCAAACAUUCAAAAAUAACUCGUACUGCUGCAAAAGCUAAACUGAUACUAUUAUUAUAUAUUGACUUGCUUUGUUGACUUGUCAAUUUAUAUUUUCUCCUAUCUCUUGUUUUGGCUUCUCUGUGAAUGACUACUCAAAAUAAUGUCAUUGCUCUACGAUUUUUAUUAUCUUGUUUUCUUUUAUUUAUUAUUUGUGACUCUAAAAUAACACAAAGCAUAGUUUAUGAUCGUCUUCCCAAAGAGCUUCUUGGAGAAGCACGAAAGUUUGGAGCAAAAGCUUACAAAGAUUUUUUGUAUGCUACGGAAAACGCUACAGCUCGUGAGCGCAUCAAUGUUUAUGAAGACUAUUUCAUGGAGUGUAACACUCUUGGUCAUGAAAGAGCGGAGAGAGUAUUUCAAAAUGUAUACAACAUUAAACUUACAAAGGAUAUGAAGCUUUUGCUGACCUUAGGAUUCAACUCAUUUGCUGCACGAUUUGUCUCAAUGGAAGCGGGAGAGUUCAAAGAAGGAUUGAGACAGCUUUGUGAGAAGUAUGAAAUGCAGCUUCAGUGUCAAUAUGGAUUUGGUGAAUCCAGAACCGCAAUUUACUGGCGACUGGAUGAUUUGAAAAACACAGAUGGAAACCUGCGUAUCUUACUUGAUCGUCAAUGCCCAGAACCGGAAAUUGAUAAUACUGUUUACCAUUGCUUCUCAGCUGGUGUGGAAGAAUAUACGAAACCUUGCUUUGAGGAGAUGCUAGCAUACAACUAUACACGGUACUCAGCUGGCAGACGAAUUGCAAGAACACAUAUCAGAGCUACAAAAGAAGUUGCUGAGUUGACUGCAAACAAGGAUUUGGAGAACGACGAUGAUCAGUUUCUUACAAUGAAAGAGCAUGUUCAAUCGGUUUUUGGGAAAGCGCUCCGAACAAUUGCUGAGAUAGAAGGAGAAAAAUGUGAUGCGUUGGACAAAGUUUUGAAAUGUGUAUUGCCACGUGUUGAAGAAAAAUGUGGUCGAGAAGCAGUGACAAUAAUGGAAUCAAGUAUUCUUGUCGGCUACUUAUCAACGCAGCGACGAGAACCGUUGGCUUCUCAGUUUAAAGGAUUCAAUGUAGAAACAAGCAAGAAAUGCUUGAAACUUCAUGAGCACAUUGAAUAGUUCAAAUGCAACAUUUUAUAACUCUGUUCUCAUUUUGAACUCAAACGUUGACGAUUGUAAUGGAAUAAUAUUUGGUUUCAACCUAUUGAAUUUGCCUCUUCUUCUGUUCCCUCAUCCAUGAUCAAAUGACUUGUAGUGUCUGUACAUACAUCAAAACUGUUUGUGAAAAAAUAAAAGUAAAUAAAUACCAUGACAUCGAUGAUGAAC